AUGAUGUCCUACAUUAAGCAACCCCAUUACGCCAUGAACGGGUUAAACAUGACUGGGAUGGACCUGCUACACACCACGGCUGGAUACCCAUGUGAGUAUAAUAAUACUACCACUUUUUUUAUUGUAAUUUACCACAUUUUUUUAUUUUUUUUAUAGCCUACGGUGGCCAAAGAUUAACGCGAUUUAUGUGUAAAACAGGUCAGUGCAUGCGUAAAGUCCACGCACCAUGGAUUUUUCAACCCCGUUAAUAAUGUAUAACAACAUAACAUAGCCUACUAAUAACAAUAACUACAACAACAACAACAACAAUAAUAAUAUCACAAUAUUAAUCAUAAUAAUAGAUUAUUCUGUGACUGGUUCGCAUGACAAUAAGCUAUUCAACAAAGGGUAGGCUAGUAUCAAAUAACAGCGAUUCCUAAUCAAAAAGAAAAUAUGAAAUAAUUGUGAGAAUUGAAAACCAUAUUGAUAGACAAUGAUGACAGUUUUGCCUAAUCCUAGUCCAAAUUGGCUAAAUGUGAGCGUAGCCUGGUCCUUUACAGUCGGCUAUGCAUUUCUCUGUCAAAAUUAAUAUUUUGGCACCUGCCAUUACCAUCAUCACCAGUUGUAACACUUGUUCAAUUUAGAUACAGACAAUCGCCAUUUAGCCUAACAAACAUCUUCCCAUAUAUGGGCACAGUCUUUUGUCAGGAAACGAAUAGUUUUCACAUAUACCUGCAUUUGCCUAUAGUUGCCUUUAUUUUUUCUUUGGUCUUUUUUCUAUUACUAGGCUAAUACCUGCUAUGACUCAUUUAAAUAUCUGAAAAUACCAUAAUGAUCAUAGAAACUAUAUGACUUGUCUUAUAGAGAGGUGUCAUGAGGGGUCAUGAAAUCAAUACCACUGUUAUCAACAGAUAUACAACCCUUUACCAAUGAACUGUAGGCCUAAUGAAAUUCAAUGUGAAUGUCAAUCACUUUGAGCACUGAGGAGUGCUACUGUCCAUUAAUGCCAUUCCAUCAUUACCAUUAUUAUCACACAGUCUCUGUGUCUCUGGAUUUCUCAGCCACCCCGCGAAAGCAGCGUCGCGAGCGCACCACCUUUACACGCACUCAGCUGGAUAUCCUGGAGGCCUUGUUCUCCAAGACCCGCUACCCCGACAUCUUCAUGAGGGAGGAGGUGGCACUCAAGAUCAACCUCCCCGAGUCACGCGUACAGGUACGGUGUAAUGAUGAUAUAGAGAAAAUAUAGAGAAUAACUAUAAAAUACAUAGUCAGACAUGGCUCUAUCUAUAAGUGGUUCUCAUCCUCUUGUCUCACCAACAGAUGUCUAUAUGGCAAUGUAAUGGAUUUAGAAGUACAUUGAGAGUAGGCCUAUACAGGUUAUGCAGUUAGUGCAAUUUACAUCUAUACAUGUUAUCAAUCGGAGCUCCUUUCAAGUUAUAACAACAUAGACAGUGGAAGAAAAACCUACACAAGCGAAACAUAGUGUUACAAUAUUGUUGUUGAGGUUAAAAAAAAUUACAUCCACCUUCAUAGGUAAGAGAGUGUGACACAUGCUCUCAGAUGGAAGAGUAUAAUUCACCAGUAUUGUAGUAGGGACUGUAGAAGGACAUGUACUGAAUGCACUGUACAGACACAUCCCACACCCGUGACAGUUUAGCUCACAGUUCUAUCUGGUACGAAAACUGGUUUUGACACGUGCAUUAUAUCACAGAGUAUAGGUGCACAUUGGCAUAGUGACAGAUAUAUCAACAAUGAUGUAGUAACAUAUUGUCAUCUUCCCACCAAACAACUUACUAUCACCAUCACAGUAUUUCCACAUAUUGUCUGUCUCUAUGCUAAGGAGCUGUGUUGUGUCUCUGUCUCUGCAGGUGUGGUUCAAAAACCGCCGUGCCAAGUGCCGCCAACAGCAGCAGCAGAGCAGCGGCCAGUCCAAGCCCCGCCCGCCCAAGAAGAAGGCGUCGCCUGCCAAGGACCAGCCCAGCGCUGGCCCAGACCCGUCGGCCAACAACCCCUCUGGUUCCUACAGCCCCUCCCCCACCCCAUCGGGCCCCUCCCUGCCGCCCAGCGGCAACAACCCUGGCAACGCAGCCGGCUCCAUCUGGAGCCCGGCCAUCUCACCACUCCCUGACCCUCUGGCCUCCUCGGCGCCCUGCAUGCAGCGGCCCUCUGCCUACCCGAUGAGCUACGGCCAGCCGCAGGCCUACGCCCAAGGCUACGCCCAGGGCUACGCCGGCACCUCCUCCUACUUCACGGGCCUGGACUGCGGCGCCUACCUGUCGCCCAUGCACUCGCAGCUGUCGGCUAGCGGUGCCCUCAGCCCCAUCACCGUGCCCUCAAUGGGGGGCUCGCUGAGCCAGUCACCCGCAUCGCUCUCCUCCCAGGGCUACGGCACGGCCGCCUCGCUGGGCUUCACCUCCGUCGACUGCCUGGACUACAAAGACCAGCAGGCCUGGAAGCUGGGCUUCAGCACCAUGGACUGCCUGGACCACAAAGACCAGAAUUCCUGGAAGUUCCAGGUGCUGUAGAGAGAGGAAGAAGAAAAAGAAGAAGACGAGGGAGUGGAGUGGGAGGAGUUGUGAAUUAAUAAGGCCCUCGCCAGAUAUACAGUAUGAUCAAAUACGAUCAAAUGAUUCUGACUGAGGACUUUUUUGUUGUUAUUUUUUUCUCUCCGUUUCUCAUUUGUAAGCUUGGUUUUUGCAACCCCUGUAGAAUGUGUUUUCUAUUCAGGGGAGAGAGGAGAAGAGAGACCCGGGGACAUUAUUGAUCCCUCCUGACUGUGAUUGCAGGAUAUCAGGUCCAUUUACUUUCUCAUACAGUAGAAGGGAAGGAUGUCCCUGAGGAUCAUACUACUACAUGGGAAAGACUCUCAGCUAGAAACUGAUUUAAACACACGCCAUGGUUCAGAUGCAUUGAUUGGUCUGUGAUGGAAAGACAUCAUCAAGAGAAUUCUACUGACACAACCACGCUAAACUCAAUCGUUCCUCUGAUGUUUUUUUCUGCUGUUGAUGGCUUGAGUUUUUUUUUCAAGAAAUACAACAAUAGAUCAAAUUUACAGAGCUUUGAUACUCUCUUAGUCUCUCUCUUUUUUUGUUCUGAAAGACCAUCAGUGUUAAUUUGAGUUUAGUCAUUGUUAUUCUAUGUUACAAUUUAGAUUUUCAUUUGGUUACUUUUAGGCUUUUGGAGCUAACGUGUUACUAUGGUGUUAGGCUAGCAUCAUUGCUAUUAUAUUUUAAUGAGAAAAAAGAAACUUCUUUGUUUUGUUGUGUGAAAUAUUAAAGCUAACUUUGAA